AUGUUGAACGUUAUUAUACAUAGGCGUGAUGACGUCACAGCGGAAGUGAAGGUUCCUUGUAUGCCGGAAGGUAACUCCGAAGCAAGCAUGGAUGCAAUUCCUUCUCCAAGAAUCAUCAACACGCAUCUAGCAAUACGAUUAAUGCCAAAGGACGCCAAACGAAAACAGCUUAAGUGCAUUUUUGCAGUUUCUUUCUACAACCAUACUAUCAAUCUGCUCAGGUACGAAUAUAACGGAAAGUUCGAGAACUAUCUGCAGAUGUUUAUGAGAGGCGAAACGGACUGGGGAUCGUAUCCCAAAUAUCUUCUCGAGUGGCAACAGUUUAUAAAAGAAAACCCCGACUGUCCAGUCCAUAUUGUGUAUUAUGAAAACAUGAAAACGAACAGAGAGAUUGGAGACUGGAAAAACUGGUUCACGGUCGCCCAGAAUGAGAUGUUUGAUGCGUGGUGGGCUGAACAGGCUAAAGACCUGGACAUGUUUUCAUUUACUUAUGCGUAG